AUGGCCCCGGUUCGUCGAGGACCUUCAAAGGCAUAUGUAACCCAUCUGGAGACUAAGAUUGAAAAAUUGAAGGAAAUGCUUGAACAAGCAUGUCCCACUUUGGACAUCGACGCCGAGCUCGAUGCAGAGAUAGCCAACGCUCGCAGCCGGCGUACAUCUUCCCAGAGCAUAAAGAAUUCGCCUGCUCUUCCUCCUUCACCCCCGUCCUCGAUCACCAACUUGCAUGUCGAUAAUGUAUCUGGCAAAUCAGCACACCUUUUCCGCGAACCAGGCUCCGCCGGCUCAGUCCCACGAAGCCCCAUUGUAACACUGGUCAAUUCCCCUCCCAUAUCGCACCAAAGUCCGAAUAGCCAACAAUCCCCAGAGGAUAACGGCUCAGACGACUUUGACCAUGCGAAUGAUGUAUUUGCUCGGUACCAUGGGGAGAGCUCUGAAGUAGUGUUCACUCUCGCUGCCAGUGAGCUCAAGCCCACCGGAAACCCACGCAUGUUCAAGAUUGACCACUCUGGGAUCGCAUGUCCUGGUGCUAUUCCCAAACGCCGGCCCCAAUUCUGGGCAACAAACAAGUGGGAGCAAGCUGGCGCAGAAUACUUUGAUUGGAAAGAGAUUCUUCAUCUUCCACCUCCGGAUCUGUUCGAAUCUCUCGUCGAUCUAUUCUUCACCCACGUUUCGCCGCAAAUACCUAUCAUCCAUGAACCUACCCUUCGAGUGCAAAUAUCUCCGGAUUACACACCCGACCCCAGGGUACUCCACGAAAGCGAGCGUGAAGCGGUUGAGGCUGGAAAAGCGGAUGCGACUCGCCUGUCCGCGGGAGUCAAAUACUUUAAUCAAAUACGCCUCUUGCGCAGGUCAAUGCCAAAGCCUGCAGUCUUAUUUGAUAUCCAAACUUAUGUGUUUUGCGCCAUUCUUGUCCAUUCGUCAUUUGAACCUCAUAAUGCAUGGAUAAUCAUUGGACUUGGGUUACGUUCCGCACAGGAUGUCGGCAUGCAUCGGAAGCGUGUUCCGCCUCCUGGAGAGACAUUGAGCGUGGAGGAUGAAAUGAAGAAGAGGUCAUUUUGGGCACUAUUGUUUUUAGACCGCUCAAUGGGGUUGCAGAUGGGACGACCGUCGGCUAUCCAGGACGUUGAUUUGGAUCUCGACCCAGUAGUCGACUUUCCUGAAUCAAGCUGGCCCGCGGAUUCCAAAGCGAAUCCUGCUGGAUUAAGUUCCGCAGCAUACAUGAAUGCAUUGGUUCGCCUUGCUCAGAUUGCAGGGUUUGCGCUCCAGACUAUAUUUGCCCUGAAUAAGUCCAAGAUACGACUAGGCUUCGGGUCUGCCGAGUGGGAAGCCCACUUGGUAAUGCAGAUAGAUUCGGACUUGAAUGCUUGGCUUGAAAACAUUCCCCCUGAGCUUCGAUGGAAUCCCACUCAACCGAACACAACGUUGCUUUCCCAAUCUGCUAUGCUCUAUGCUGGGUUCUACAACCUGCAAAUAUGUGUGCACCGCCCGUUUAUUAUCUCUCGCUCGGGUCAGACUUCGUCUUUGUACCAACCCUCGGUGGCAAUAGUGACCAGCGCAUCCCGAAUGGUCAGCCAAAUCCUAGAUGGCGUGAGACGAAGAGGAAUUAUGCCCGGUACUUCGUUGAUUUCAUCCGCAUUUAGUGCAGGCAAGAAACUUGGGACGGCCGAGGUCGAGGGGCAACGUGAACUGCAUUCUUGCAUGAAGUUCUUGAGAUAUGCCGAGCAGUAUGUUUUGCUCGCCGGGCGCUUGUGGGAUAUCCUAGCGGACAUGUCCACGCAAGGCCAGCUUCCCUUGCCCCCAACAGACACACUCCCCACGCCUCCUCAAUCAGACUUGCUGGUCGACCAUGCAAGCUUGCCCCAGGCGCAGGCCGCGUUCCGAGAUAGCCUUUGGGAUACGAUGGGUGCAGACGCAAUGCAGUUCAACUCGUUCCCGUUCCUGGCUUCGGAUAACAAUUCUGUGAUGGACACAUCUAUGGAUACCAUGCUCGCUGCCGAGACAUUUAUGACUGGAGAUAUGGUUGAUAUGUGGUCUACUGCGCCACAAACAUUCGAGUGGAAUGAAUGGGACAAUAUGAUGUCAAGUGUCUCUGCAUUGGGCAGUGCAAACGAUCUCAACGUGCUUUCGAUAAAUGAGCAACGAUAA